AUGCCUCGGUCACCGUCAAGCUUUGCACACUCCAUAAAUGCAGAUGCCAAAUCGGCUGCCUCGUCAUCUCCAACGACGACCAUGACUUCAACGCCGAGUGAAGCGGAGGAUACCAACUAUAACUACAAUAAUAACAACUCACUCGAUGAUAUAUUCGGGUCAUCGCCAGAUGACCAGGAUUAUGGACAAAGCCAGUUCAACGAUCAAGACUACGAGAGAAAUCGCACCAACGACAGUCUAGUGUCUACACAGUCUACCACGACAGAACCUUCCGAUCUCCCCUCGCUACGUCGUCAACACGUUACAGCCGGAUACAGGGAUGGAAUCGCAUUUUCAAAAUCAGAGCAUGUUCAGCCAGGAUUCGAUGCCGGAUAUCCCGUCGGUGCACAAUUUGGGCUGCGAGUGGGUACGAUAUUAGGCAUUUUGGAAGGGUUAGUGAGCGGAUUGGAAUCGAGGUCGUCAAAGAGGGGGGCUGUGAAGAAGCGGUCUGUUGGGAAUAAGCAAGUUGAAGAACAUGAAGAAACCACAGGAAGAGAGGAAACUCAGAAGAUUGACAAACUGAAGGAUAUGAAUAAACGUGCACUCAAAGACUUGGAUGUUGAGGCAUUGUUUGGCGGACUGAAAGCCGAAGAUGUGGGUGGAGGGAAUACGAAGGAGAUCACAGGGGAAUUCACUGAAGAAACAAAGCCGGAGAGUCGGUUACGUGUAAAAGCCGAGCCCGUAGUUGCCAAAUGGGAGAAGUUAGUCAAUAUUACUAAAUGGGAGGAAAGCAUGGAAGCUGUUGAGAGUAUGGAAGAUUUGACUGCUGAAGAGAGGAGGGGUCUCUGGAAAGUCUGUCCUUGCCGAGUUCAUGCCGCCGAGACUUUGUUCAAGUCCGAAACACGAGAUGUGAGACGCGAGUUGGGUAUACCAACAUAG